AUGGCCGACCAAUUUCAAUUCUCACGCCAGGCUGAACAGGGCGACUACGACAACAAAAGCCAAAAAAGUGAAGCAAAUAAUGAUGUGACUCAUGAUGCAGUCUUUGGUGAGAUUAAUGAAGAUGGACCAAAUUAUCGAGGUGUUGGCGCUUUGGGUUCGACUGCCCUUAUGCUCAAGACCAACUUAGGUCUUGGUGUUCUGUCAAUUCCAGCUGUUUUUGACACGUUGGGGAUGAUUCCCGGUAUCAUAUGUGUCCUCACCAUGGCUACGAUCACGGGAUGGUCACAGUACAUGAUUGGAGUAUUCAAGAGAAGACAUCCAGAAGUGUACGGUAUUGAAGAUGUUGCUGGUAUUAUUUAUGGAAAUAUUGCUCGUGAGAUCGUUGGUGCUGCAUUCUUUCUUUUCUGGGUUUUCGUCUCCGCAUCUGGUAUGCUCAGUGUUUCAAUCGCCUUAAAUGCGUUAUCGACUCAUGCUACUUGCACUGCUGUGUUUGUGGUUGUCGCUGCUAUCAUUGCCUUCAUUUUCUCCAGUAUCCAAACCCUAGGCAAGAUCACCUGGCUUGCAUGGAUUGGUGUAGCUGGUAUUAUCACUGCUAUUCUUACCCUCACAAUCGCUGUUGGCGUUCAAGGAAAACCAGUCGACGCUCCUGUUACAACAGGUCCUUACAAGUCCGACUUCAAGCUUUUCGGUUCUCCAUCAUUCACUGAUGCUAUCUCUGCUUGUGGCUCGCUUGUUUUCUCUUUCGCUGGAACUCCCGGAUACUUCAACAUUCACUCUGAGAUGCGCAAUCCAAGGAGUUAUACUCGUUCUGUGUAUAUCAGUCAAGGCUUCAUCACGGCUAUGUACAUUGCAAUCGGUAUUGUCGUCUAUUACUUCUGUGGUUCUUACGUCGCGUCACCUGCUCUCGGUUCCGCAGGUGAUACAAUGAAGAAAGUCUGUUACGGUCUUGCUCUUCCUGGUCUCUUGGUUAGCACCAUCUUGCUUUCUCAUCUUCCAGCAAAAUUCCUCUUCCUUCGUCUCCUCCGUGGAUCCAAGCAUCUUACUGUCAACUCCAUGACCCAUUGGAUGGUCUGGCUCGGCUGUACUUUCUGCGUCAUCAUCUGCGCCUAUAUUAUCGCAAGUGCAAUUCCAAUCUUCGGCGGUCUUAUCUCCCUUAUCGGUGCUCUUUUCGGAACUCUUUUCAACUUCCAACCAUUUGGUAUCAUGUGGUUUUACGAUAACUGGGGCCUCAGAAAUACCCAAAGAUCGCGCUCGUGGAUUUUCAUGUGCUGUUGGAGCAUUUUUGUCAUUACUAUCGGAACGUUUUUGAUGGUUGCUGGUACCUAUGGAUCGAUUGUUGCUAUUAUCGACUCCUAUAGUGCAGCUGGAGGAUCAAGUUCCUUCAGUUGCGCGGAUAACUCGAAUUCCGUCUAA